GUGAAAUGAACGAUAUUUUUAUUUAUUUUUCUUAUGUUUCUUGCUUUCAUUUAAGAAAUCAUUGCAAAAUGUUGUCAACAGUUAUAUUAAAACGAUGUAUGCAAACAAAUUGUGAUCAUUAUGUAAUAUUUAACAAAUAACUUAUAAACUAUGGUUAAAGUAACGAUUCAAAAGUUUUGCUCAUGUCUUGAGCUGUGGAAGGGAUGUGUUUUGGCCGGAAUAUUCUCUAUGGCCACAAGUAUUUUUGACUUAUUGUGGAGUAUCGCCCAUAUGUUGGAAGAGGAAAAUAAAUCCAAAUGGCUAUUAAUGCCCUGGAUAUGUCUCGCAAUCCUCGAUAUUCUCAUCAAUUUCUUCAUCUCAUUCAUGGAAUUGACUUUAACUAGUCGGACGUACGGCACGCCAUGUAUUAUACCAGUGGCCGGACUCGCGGUCACUGUAAUGGUCUGCGCGGUUCUGCUAUACUGUUUAUUAUGCGUUUUCGCACAGUUCUUGAUUUACAACGGAAAGAAUAGUCCAUUGACGGGCACCCGAACUACGGACACGUCAUUAUCGGUAGUCGACCCGAUUGACGGCAUGUGUUCGGCGGCAAAACUGGAUGAGUCGGACGGAGAGCCCAAUCAUUUUGAAAACCAUAACGUGCUGUCCGUACCGCAAGUGACAACACCUCGCGAUGCCUGGUAGGGGUGGGCCGCCGGUGGAGGUGGUCGUAGACGACUAUCCAUACCAUACGAUAACACAGGGAUAGUGACGGAUCGACUAAUGAUGGGGACGGCUGUACGCCAUGGUCUGGUGGUCACUAUCGGUGGUCAUACAGGCGUGUCUGCAGUUUAUGGACCAAAAACACACCAACCAUUUGCUGUUUUUCUAUACUCUUUCACAUCAUAUGCUAACUUAAUGUUCAGUUUUUUCAAUCCUGUUGUUAAUUAAAAGUGUGUUUUAUGUGUUUCUCUCAUUGCAUACCAAUUGUGAUACAUGUAUUGUCUUUGCUAUUGAAAGCUCUCUAUAUUUUAAUCUCAUUCUUUGCUAAUUUCUAUUUCAUUCAGUUUUUAUAAUUGUUAUCCAAAAAUAAAGCC